AUGGCAGAUCUCAAAGACACCUCUGAACAGGCUGCUAAGAAAGCUUCAUUUAUUCAUGAUGAAGGUGAAUUUGACAAUCAGCCCAAUUUCGUCGCUGAAGAGAUAGCCUACGAAAGUAAUGGCAUCAAGGGGAUUGUUAAUUCACCUUUUGUCUGUGGUGCAGCUUUGCUGGCAUCAUUCGGAGGAUUAUCGUUUGGUUAUGACCAAGGAGUCAUCUCAUUGAUUCUGGUAAUGCCUCAAUUCAUCGACCAGUUUCCUCAGGUCGAUCCCGAUGCCCCAAAGUACGGGUUCCACACUGGUUUUCUCACCGGAAUGUUAGAGCUUGGCGCUUUUGUUGGCUGCCUUUUCUUCCCAUAUCUUGCGGAUCGAAUUUCCAGGAAAUGGGGUAUCAGCAUUGCAACUGCAUUCUUCUGCGUCGGCGCCAUCAUACAAACAGCGGCAAAUGAAUACGACACACUCGUGGCUGGGAGGUUUAUCGGUGGUAUUGGUGUUGGCACAUUGGCAAUGGGUGCGCCAUUGUAUAUCUCCGAAAUUGCACCUCCCAACUUGCGAGGCUCUCUGAUGGUCCUUGAGGCCAUUAGCAUCGUGAUAGGAGCUGUGGUCGCAUAUUGGAUCACAUAUGGUACAAGGUAUGUGCUGGCUCUAGCCUAUCCCACGCGCUACUUUGCACACAUAUUUAUCGCAUCGAACAGGGCGGUUGAAGGGGAUUGGGCCUUCCGUUUACCGUUCCUUCUGCAAAUGGUUCCAGCCCUAGUGGUUGGAAUUGGUAUUCAUCUGUUUCCCUUCUCGCCUCGAUGGCUCGCUCUACGUGAUCGGAAAACGGAAAGUCUGAUCUCUUUAGCACAGCUACGACGACUUCCACCGUCGGAUGAAACAGUCCAGUUAGAAUGGAGAGGAAUUCUUACUGAGGUUCGAUUUCAGCGAGAGAUAAUGCACAAUCAAUAUCCUGAUACAGGGCCAGCAAUGUUGGAACUCAAGGGAUGGAUUGAUCUGUUCCGUCCUCGGUAUCUCCGCAGAACAGCUGUUGCUAUUGCUAUUCCUUUCUUCCAGCAGUUCUCGGGUAUCAACGCGUUUGUUUAUUAUGCCCCCACGUUCCUGUCCAGGUUGGGCCAAAGCUACAAUACAUCUUUGAUCCUCUCCGGAUUAGUGAACGUCGUCCAACUUGUGGCUAGCAUUCCUACCCUUAUCUACUUGGAUAAAAUUGGUAGACGAAAGCUUGCCAUUUUCGGUGGAAUAGCCAUGGCUAUUCCACAUCUCAUAAUGGCAGGUAUAUAUGAGCGAUUCAGUGACAAAUGGACAUCUCACAAGGGUGUGGGGUGGUUCGGAGUUGCACUGAUAUACAUCUACGUCGCCUGCUACGCUGCUUCAUAUGGACCCCUUGCUUGGGUCCUCCCUGCUGAAGUCUUUCCGAGUUCCAGGCGAGCCAAGGGCGUUGGUCUCGCCACGGCGACUAUCUGGUUGGCCAACUUCAUCGUAGGAGUUGUAGUUCCCCAAAUGCUUGUCUCCCUUGGAUGGGGUACCUUUUUGUUCUUUGGGUUGUUUUGCGUUGCUGCUGCUACGUUCUCCUUUUUCUUUGUCCCAGAGACAGCAAACAAGUCUUUGGAACAGGUCGCGGAUGUCUUUGGGGAUACUCUCAACAAUACUGAAGAUGAGAUGCAAGCUCGAAUUGAGCGAGAGAUCUGGACUGAAACUAGAAAUCAGUCUUAG